AUGUGGGCAAGUGCACCCUUCAAGAUGACUUUGUUUGCGGAUCUACAUUUUGAAGAGGUCACGUCCACGGAUUGGAGCCCGCUCCAAGACAUUAACUCCACUAAGGUUAUGGACACAAUGCUCAACGAUGAAACUCUAGAAGUUCUUGUACGAUAUGUUGGUUUUGGCAAGGUGGAGGAUGAGUGGGUGAAUGUGAAAAACGAGAUGCGAGAGAGAUCUAUCCCAUUGGAACCUUCAGAGUGUCCCAAGGUGAAGGAUGGAGAUCUUGUACUAUGUUUCCUGGAAAGGGGUGAUUAUGGCCUCUACUUUGAUGCUCGUGUAGUAAGAAUCCAGAUGAGGCUACACGAUGCGACAGAUUACAAGUGCAUCUUCACUGUUCGGUUUCUCCAUGACAACUCUGAAGAAGAAAUUCAUUGGAAAGGGGUAUGCUAUAGGCCUGCACAAGGCAAUUCUACACAAGAGAAGUCUGUUGUCUUUCAUAACUCCCCAAAACCUACACAAGAGAAAUCUAAUGUCGCCCAUAACUCCCCAGGACCAACCAUAGAACCGAGCCUAAGUGACAUCGAGAACUUGUGGCCAUGA